AUGCGUUCUACACUCCGCGCAAAUAGACGUCUUCCUCUGAAGCCUCUCCCUCGGUUUCUUUCUACCACUACUUGCUCAAGCGCUUCUACGUCUUCAGUAGCCUCGUCAUCAUCUACGCCAAAGCAAACACCCAUCAAUUCAGUUCUUAUCGCCAAUCGUGGCGAAAUUGCCAUUCGCAUUAACCGGACUGCUGAGCGUCUUGGUAUCCGAGCUACCACCGUCUACACUGACGUUGACGCUGGCUCCUGGCAUGCCUCUUCAGGCUUCCAGUCCCUGGGUCUGGGCCCCGCAAAUGCUUACUUAGAUGGCGAGAAGAUUAUCUCCCUAGCCAAGCAGAAUGGCAUCCAGGCACUCCAUCCCGGUUAUGGGUUCUUGUCCGAGAACUCCAAGUUCGCGGAACGCUGCGAGGAGGAGGGGAUUGUGUUUGUCGGACCACCAGCCACUGCCAUGGCUGAUAUGGGACACAAGGCUCGCAGUAAGGAGAUUAUGACCGCGGCCAACGUCCCCUGCGUCCCAGGCUAUCACGGCACAGACCAGGGCGAGCAAGAGCUUCUUGAGCAUGCCAAGAAGAUCACAUUUCCAGUCCUCCUGAAGAGUGUUCGCGGCGGUGGAGGUAAAGGAAUGCGAAUUGUGUUGACGGAGGAGGAGUUUUUGACGCAGCUCAGGAGUGCCCGUGCUGAGGCCAAGGCCUCGUUCGGCGAGGGGGGAGAGGUGAUGCUUGUAGAGAAGUACAUCAUUCGCCCAAGACACGUCGAGGUGCAAGUUUUCGCCGACAAAUGGGGCAACACUGUCGCUCUAGGCGAACGAGACUGUAGUGUUCAGCGUCGACACCAGAAAAUUCUUGAAGAAUCACCUGCUCCCGAUCUGGAUCUAGCAACCCGGCACGAUCUCUGGGACAAGGCUCGUAAGGCAGCUUCGGCGGUGGGUUAUGUCGGCGCCGGUACUGUUGAGUUUAUCCUCGAUAAGGAUACCAACAAGUUCUACUUUAUGGAGAUGAACACCAGACUUCAAGUGGAACAUCCUGUUACGGAGAUGGUUACAGGCCUGGAUCUGGUAGAAUGGCAGUUCCGAGUUGCUGCGGGCGAGAAGCUUCCUAUGACCCAAGAGGAGGUGGAAGCUCAGAUGAACGAGAGAGGUGCCGCCAUCGAAGCACGAAUCUACGCCGAGAACCCCGAAAAAGGCUUUAUACCUGACUCGGGCAAGCUAGUAAGGGCGUAUCUCCCUGCCGAGCUACAGAACGAGGACGUUCGUCUGGAUUGGGGCUUCCGCUCUGGAAACACCAUCUCUGAGGCCUACGAUGGUAUGAUCGCCAAGCUUAUCGUACGAGGCGAUACGAGAGAUCGCGCUAUCGCGAAGUUGGAAAGUGUUUUGAGAUCUUAUGAGAUUGUUGGGGUCGCCACAAACAUCGAGUUCCUCAAGCGGCUUUGCGAGACUGAUGCUUUUGUGGCCGGUGAUGUGGAAACUGGCUUCAUCGACAAAUGGCGCGAGGAACUGUUCAAGCCUCGAGCCAUCAAGAACGAAGUCGUUGCACAAGCAGCCCUUGGCAUGGUUAAUUUUGAACUUCAAAACUCUGGUCCCCACGGUCUUACGCUUGGCUUUGGAGAGACCAACAGCAUUGGUGAAAGAAAGCUUUCUUUCAAGAUUCAGGAUGGAUACAGCCAGGAAGAAGGAGAAGUUGUCGAGGCUAGCGUGACCCAGGCAGGCCACAACCUAUACACCGUUUCCAUCUCCCGAAAGGGCGACGAGACACCUCAAGUAUUCACAAACAUUGCCUGCAAGCCAGAGCCAGAGGGCGAGGUAAUGAAGCUUGAGUCAUACUUCCCACUUGAGCGAAUACAGUCCUCGGUCGUGCCCCAGCAUACAGAAAAUGACACCAAGGUCACAGUCUUCCAGCAUGGCGUAAAGACGGAUCUUGUCCUUCUACCACCCAAGUGGUACGAGAAGGCUCUUGGUCUCAAAGAGUCAAGUGCCUCAGUCGCGGCACCCAUGCCAUGCAAGAUCCUGAAGAACGAGGUCGAGGAGGGCCAAGCUGUACAAAAGGGAGCACCCCUUGUCGUAAUCGAAUCAAUGAAGAUGGAAACCAUCAUCCGAUCGCCACAGGAUGGUGUGAUCAAGAAAUUGGCGCAUAAAGAAGGAGAUAUCUGCAAAGCAGGCACAGUGCUCGUAAUGUUUGAAGAAGCUGAAGCAAAGGAAGAGGAUGCAUGA